AAAUUCAAAAUUUCAAAAAGUUUAUAUAAUUAUUAAUACCGCCCUCUCCCUUUUUUCAAAUUUCACUAACGGACAUUUCUCCCUUCUCCUCCUCCCCCACCCCCAACUCCCCACCCCCUGUAUAAUUCACUCUCAAAUUUUUCAUUUUCUGUAAAUCAGAAAUGGCGACUCUGACACCGGGUAUUCUACUGAAGCUCCUUCAGUCGAUGAACACUGGUGCAAAAGUAACGGGCGACCACAGGUCGCCUUUGUUACAGGUAAUCGGAAUUGUCCCAGCACUUUCGACAUCCGAUUCCCUGUGGCCACACAACGGCUUUUACGUUCAGCUCUCCGAUUCGUUAAACUCUACCUACGUCUCCCUUUCGGAUAGAGACACAGAUCUCAUCCUUACUAACCGGCUUCAGCUCGGUCAGUUUGUUCACAUAGAUCGCAUUAACUUUGAGUCUCCUCCAGUUCCCCGAGCUGUCAACAUUCGCCCUAUUGCCGGUCGUCAUGGUUUUAUCGGUUCACCUGAACCGUUAGUUGCUCGUGUUACGAAAAAUGGAUUUCUCAUACAACCUGCUGUAGACUCGGAUCUCGACGCUUUUCAUUUGGCUAAAAGCGGGAGAACUGAGUCGAGUCAGGAAUCGAGGUCGGGUCCGAGGUCGAGGGUUAGAGAAGUGCUUGCAGCGAGAGAGAACGUGGAUGUGAAAGAAGAUAUGAGUAAGAUGUCUACGGAGAAAGUUAAUCCUCCGAAGAGAUUUUCAUCUCCGGGAUCGGUUAAACAGAGAUCAACAUCGUCAGGGAAGAAACACGUCAACGGUAGUGGUGUUGGUGGUGGUGGUAGUGGUGGAGGUGAAGCGAAGAGAUCAGCAUCGCCAGUGCCAUCGAAGACAGUUGUACCAAGUUUACUAUCUGCAAAGGAGGAAAAUCGGAGAGUGUCGAAAGAGCCAGCUAUUAUAGUACCAUCAAGGUACAGGCAACCAUCACCUACAUCAGGUAGAAGGCAAGCAAGUCCAUUGGUUGCUAGACGAAUGUCGUUGUCCCCUGGACGACGAUUGUCUGGUGGUGUUAAGGUUUCUCCUGCUGUAGACUCAUCAGGGAAGAAGAAAAUGGCUGCUAUUGCUGCUGGAAUUUCGAAGGUUUCUGAGGCAAUUGUGGGGUCUUCAAAAGGUAGUAGGAAGAGCUGGGAUGAAGGUCCGGGAAAUAGUGGUGAUUCGAUGGAUCAAGAGAAGUUUUUUUGUAAGAAAAAACCGGAUAUUCAGGCAAUUCUGAGAACUCAGGCUGCUAUUUCUAGGCGUUUGAGUGAUGUAAGUUGUCAUGCUGAGGAUUUUGGAAGUGAAGGGAAAACAAAAUCUGGUGCUGCGGCGAAUUCCCCUGAUCCUGAAAAGACUAGUAAUGCAGCUCCAGUGAUUCCAGUUCAUGAGAAGAAGUGGACUGAUGGGAGUGUACCACUACAUUCUGUAUCCUCAGAACUUGCGAAGCUCGGAAAGGAGGCAAUGCAAAGAAGAAUAAUUGCUUCAACAGCUGCAGCUGAAGCAUUGGAAGAGGCCCUUGCCACAGAGACUAUUCUUAGAAGUUUGAGUAUGUUUGCAGAUUUACGCUCAACAUCCAACACUAAAAACCCUCCACCAACCAUUGAUCGUUUCAUGUCAAUCUACGAAGAUGUAGUGAAAUCAACAUGUGUUGCUGAAUCAAUCACCAGCUGUCGUGGCGUGCAGAAAGCUAAUGAGAAUAUGAAUGUAGAGCAACCAAAAUCAUCUCUUCUUUGGGUGGAGGCUGCUCUAGCAACUGAUCUUGAAAUUGUAUCUCUCUUAACAAAUCAGAACAGUGGAACUCAAUCAACAGUGAAAAGCUCUCCAACAUAUCAAUCGACGAAAGCAUCUAAUAAGAAUCCUUUGACGGUUUCAUCAGUAACCGGAACUUGGACAAGGGGUAAUGGGAUGAAUGAGACAGUACAACUUGCAAAGAAGUUGCAAUCUGAGAUGCAAAUGUGGUUCAUCGCUUUCGUUGAAGAGUCACUAGAUCCAGGUUUUCUCGCGUUCAAGAAUCGCUCCCUGAAUUCUGAUGGAGCUUCUGGUUCAAUUACAGCUAUUCUGUCACAACUCAAGCGAGUGAACGAAUGGUUGGAUAGUGUAGUCUCAAUCUCAAAAAAGGACGAGCCAUUGAUACAGAAGAUAGAUUGCUUGAAAAGAAAACUAUAUGGAUUCGUCAUUCAGCAUGUAGAAACCACUGCUGAAAAUUCAACCCCCACAUCGUCUGCAUCUUAAGUUUUGUGUUUUUCUCUUUCAUAACUUUUAGCAGAGUUGAAAUUCUUCGACUCCAUGAAGGUGAUGGUCACUGCUAUCACAUGUUAAUUCAAGUACUUUUUAGCAUGGAUAAAUUGGUUUUCUGCAGCAUUUCUGUUUAAUGUAUCACCGAGCUUUUGGUUGCUUUUUGUUGUUUA